UCGCGAGAUGUAGUUACGAGAUUUUAUAGAAUUUAAAUUCUAAUCUACCUUCACGUUGACGUUGACACUGUCGAUGAAAGAGGAGCAUACUUUGAAAAGAACGAUCAUGGAGAGUACUCAAUCGCUGUAUAUCAGCCUUUUCAGCGAGGAGAAGAGUGAUGUCUUAAAGGAGCUGUUGCAUGCAUGCGUUGACGAGAUUUGCGGUCGCCCAGGACCAUCGUAUCGUAAAUUCGCCAAUAGCAUGGAUUGGAGCAGAGCGGAGUACGAAGGAAUUUACAAGCUGAUAUCAUCGUUAUUGCGAAAUCCUGUCUCUCUCUAUAUGGUAGAGGAAAAGAUGCCACAAGAAUACCACGAGUUACCCGAGCAAGUGCAACAGAACAUUCUUACUUGCUUAAAAGUACGCAGGGAACAAUUGACUGACGCUUUAUUGAGGGAACAUUACAAAAGAAAAUUGCCGACCAUGGUCGAUCACGAUUGGAGAUUGAAGUUGAUAAUGGGUUCGAGCAAGAUGGCCUCAUUAAGGGAAUCUCUACUUCAAUUAGAUCUUAUAAUAGAAGAUAAAGAAUCUCGGCGUAUCAUAAAUUUAGAACUGAAUAAAGAUGAAUUGGAUACGAUAAUAAGCAAUUUAGAAAAGCUAGUAUAAUAUGUUUUGAUAUUUUUGUACAGAAAAAAUGUAUAUAUAAUUAUUAUGUAUGUAUUAGAGCAUAUAUUAUACUAAUGGUAAAUUGUAAGUGUACAGGACACAGGUUCCGUGAUAAAAUAAAUACUCGCUGCUGUUACACUUUGUUUCACAGUUUAUUAUAGGUUAUAGAUAAAUGUAGAAUAGUUUAGUUACUAUUAUAAUUGCUGAUCGAAGAUACUGGAGACUGUAUUUUCGCAUCUGAGGCGGUCUCGAUUCAAAGAUCUCAUUCAAAAUUUUGUAGUCUCCGGCGCAAAAUAAAUAAACGAGCGAGGUUUGCCUCGACGGCGCCUCAGAGUGAUAACAAUCACUAGAGAAAUGGUAUGGGUGCACGGAUAUUAUCAGUCUCGAUUCGCUCGUGAAGAAUUUCGAUAAAAAGUUCGCUCUCGUCGCCAAAACGUGUUGUCCUAUUAAGAAGACAAUGAAUCCUUUUUUUUUUCUUUUCGUUGUAAAGAUCAUUUUUACGGACAGAUAUAUUUAAUGAAUGGUUUUACUAUACAACUUUUAACUUUACUUCUUUCCCGCCCUUAUACGUAAAUAUGUAUGUAACCGCUUAGAAAUUAAUGCUGGACACGAGUGAAGACUCGAUCCUUUACCUCUCUAUCGCUCGGCGAUAUUACCGGAUAUCGGAGCGGCACAUGUGUAUAAUGCGCUUCUCGUUUACAAUUUUAUGAUCUAUGCUACGCGAUCUUAAUAAAAAAAGCUUCUCGUAAGAUAAUUAUUCUUUUACUUCUGGAGAUCCGUAUAAACGUAGAAACGUAGAAACAUCCGUAUGAAAACUUGACAAAGGUACCGUUCCGGAGUGGUAAAUUGUGCAUGUCUCAUAAAUUGUAAUUAGGCGUUACUUUUUAAUGAUUAUCAUAAAAAUUACACGAUAGGCUUCGUCAUAAGUGUUCUCUCUCGUAUGGAGAAGUAGCAAUGUUUCGAACAAACGCCGAAUUUACACAAACGCAUUCUCUCUAUAGUCUAGAUUAAUAUAUCACUUACAUCUCGUUUUUUUUUUUCGACUUACUGUAUAUAUUUUAUCUCGUAUGUUUCAUGGUACGUACGUAUACGCGGUGUAAAUGUUCCUCAUUGCAUGUGUUGAUGUAAAAUGUGUUUCCUCGUGUUCUCGCAAGCGCCUUUGUGCCCGCGCCUAUCAAAAUUAUGUUAAAAAUGUGCAGUUCCUCGUUACAACGUAAAACGUCUCGAUUGUACAGAUGUAAACGGAAAAAGGAAAACCAAGGACCGCGAAGGAAAUACGAGCGAAACAAUGUGCCAGGUGCCCUCGAAGUCGCUGAUGUAAGUGCGAAAUUUUGUCGCAUGCUGCUAAAUCUUCUUCCGCUUUCUUCUUUCACUUUUCUCGUUCGCGUAUUUCCAUUUUUUUCCUGUUUUCUCACCAUGGCGAAGACGCAUCUCUCUUGUUUCGCGCGCUAUCAUUCUCUUUCCCCUUUCACACCGUCAAUCGCUAUAUCACACACAGCCUGCCCUCUCGAUUUCCUCCUAUAUAUUUCGCGGCUUUCUCUCUUUCUCUCUUUCUCUUUCUUUCUCUUUCUUU